AUGGCAAGGGGGUCCUUGGGGACGACGUCAUGGAAGACCGCCUUUCUGUUGGCUGUUACGUCUGCCAAGCGUGUGAGCGAGCUCCACGCCCUUUCAGUCAGUCCUACGUGCCUUCGGUGGAAGGCAGACAGCUCAGGAGUGACCCUGUGGCCAAAUGUCGCUUUCCUGCCAAAGGUGUUACCCCCUGACCAUGCCAAUCAGGCCAUAGAGUUGGCAGCAUACCAUCCUCCCCCGUUUGAGUCCCGGGUGGAGGAGCGGGCUAAUUUGCUGUGCCCAGUCCGGGCGUUGCGGCUGUACCUUCAGGGGUGUGGCCACUUCCUGGGCGGCAAUGAGAGGGGUACCAUUGUCGGAGAUCUGUGCAGCGGCAUCCUGGACGGAUGGAGGUUUGAUUCUGUUUCUGCUGCAGCUGCGGACCAGCUGUUCCUCCUGGUCAGUAAUCAGGUUCUUGUCUCCUCAGUUCUACAUGAGAACUUUCGCUUUGCUGGUUGUUCAGACUCUGAUGGAGAGGACACGUACACUCUGGAUGGUGAAGUGAUCUGGUACGCAGACUUCAUCAAGAAGGAAGGAGUCAUUGCUGUGCCUCCUUUUGUAGAACCUAUGACUUUACCAGGAGGUUAUGAAGGUGCUGAGGCUCAGCUACAGGUCUGUAGAUAUAACCUGAACGUGACUCGUACUGCCAUGAAGGACCUUCCUCCAGAAAAAGAUCCUCCCAACAGUCCGGUCAUCUACACUGAAGACGACGUGGAGCUUGAGCAGGAGAACACCCUGAUCUGCUUCGUCUCUGGUUUCUAUCCUGCUCCUGUCAAAGUCUUCUGGACCAAGAAUGGAGAGAAGGUCACUGAAGGAACCAGCAUCAACAUUCCCCUCCCCAACAAAGACGGCUCCUUCCAGCAGAUCUCCAGACUGAACUUCAUCCCGCAGCAGGGAGACAUGUACGGCUGUUCAGUGGAACAUCUGGCCCUGACCGAACCCCUGACCCGAACCUGGGAUGUGGAGACAGCUGUCCCUGGUGUUGGACCUGAGGUCUUCUGUGGAGUGGGUCUGACCAUCGGUCUCCUCGGGGUGGCAGCAGGAACCUUCUUCCUCGUCAAAGGAAACGAGUGCAGCUGAUUGGUUGGACCUGAUGACAUCAUCAUGGUUCUGUACAUAAUGUGUUCUGGAGCUAGAAUCUAAAAUCUAACCACAAAAUCACCAUCUAACUGUUUAAUGAUGUUUUCAUGUGUUUAGAUCUCCGUCAGUUCUUAUUGAUUAUUGAUAGAAAACCACUUUAUUGUGUUGAUCGUGGAUCGGAAACUCUGAGACUCAUUGUUUUGUCAAAAGUUCAACUUUUAAAACAAAACUUUAAGAUAAAAAUGUUUUAAGAAAUUAGUUUCACUAGUUUUCUAACUUCCUGUUUCAUUCAGAGUUUUCACCUGUCUGCAGGGUCGAGGUUUUGUCUCUAUUCUUUUAUUCUUUUGUUAGAUUUCAUUUUUGUCAAAUCAUGUUUGUCAUAUUUCUGUCUUGUUAUUAAACUCUUCUUCAUGAUUUUUUCUUCAAUAAAUAAUAAACCAGUGUAA